AUGGAACUUCGAUCGGUCACUGACAUGCCUACGGGGUGUAGGUCAAAUGUUUUGGUGGAUGUGAUCACGAAAACGGAUGAUUACAUCGUUUGUCGGGAUGUCCCUUUUGGGUCAAGCUUGGUUGUCCAAUUUGGUGGUCACAUGGACCAAAGAAUGAUGCUCUACCAAGCCACGAAGCUAGGUUGUAAGCAUGACCAACAUGAGAUCUUUGCCUUGGACCCAAAAUAUGAUCCUUUGCCUGUGAACAUCCCCAGGGAAUUGGACUUUCUUUCCUCUCACGACGUCCUGUGUGGGUUGGGUGGUUUCUCGUCCAGUUUCUCUUUUCUUUCGAUGUCUGUGAUCACUGCGGUUGAUUGGAAUUGCCUUGCUUCGGUUUCCUAUCAAAUGAAUCACACCACCUCUUUCCUGUUGGCUGACAUAGAUCACCAUGACACAGUUUAUAAGAUGCACCAGGCACAAAAUGCAGCUGGCUGCCAACCCGUGCUAGCAGCUGGAAUCCCUGUUCGCAGCCGCACUCUGCCUGCUGUCUUAAGGGCAGCAUACUGGUUGAACACAGCUGGAUUGCUGCUGGAGUGCGCUCCAGAGGCUGCUCAUGAUUUCAGCACCCAGGCUGCCAUUCGUGAGUACGCCCAGCUGAGAGGUUGUGACAUCUUCCAAAAAGUUUUGCAUUUGCAUUCGUGUUGGCCAGCCCGUAGAUCACGAUGGAUUGCAUUGAUUGUUCCUAGUAGCCUUGGUUUUUCUGGGUUUGAAGAUUUGCCUGUACUGCAGCCUAUGCCAGUUUUGGGUGAGCUGUUUCCAUAUGAUCCUUGGCCGGUUUGGCCACAAAAGGACGAGCAGCAACUUCAAUGGACCCCCAUUGAAUUGCAAGCCUAUCGUUGUCCCGACUUUGGACCAGUGAAUCGAAAGCUCAACCUUCAAGAGCCAUGUCCGACUGCAUUGCACAGCUGGGGUUCCGUUUUGUAUGCGUGCCCUUGCGGUUGCCGAGACCAGGGCAUCAGCCCAUCCAGCCUGCAACGACAAGGACUCCGUGGAGUUGAGGUUACCUCCGGCUUAUGGCCACAUGCCCCUAGACAUGUUCAUCCGAAAGAACUUCAGCUCAUCAUGGGAUUUCCGCCUUUUGAGAAAACAUUGGAGGAUUGUAGGGCGCAGUUGGUUCUUUUCGGCAAUGCCAUCUCUCCCAUUCAAGGGCUUUGGGUUUAUGCCCAUCUCCUGAAGCAUUGUGGACUCUCACCAUGGGGUAUGACGCCUAGGGAGCUUUUGGUAAGGUACAUGAACAUGUUGCUUGAUCAACGAAACCUGGUUUGGCCUAGCCCUACUGCAGGAGUAGCCACCCUGUCAUUGACUUUCCAAGGUACCACCACUGAGGUGACUUUCAGUACUACUCAGACAGUACGUGACUUGGUGCGUGCCGAGGCACUUCUGCAAAGUGCUGUGCGGGUACAAAUCAGCUGUGAAGGGGUUGUGUUGCCUGAUUGGGCUUUUUUGCAGGAGCGAAGCUAUCACAUGGAAUUGUUCCAAGAGCCAACAAGAUCCGAGGGUCUCCUUGUGCCUGUUGUGCUUGAGCACCUGGGUGUUCGUAUUUUCCAUUUGGUGCCAGAUUGCAUGGCGUGCUCCGUUUUCCUGCGUUGGGCUGGAAUUCCUGACUUUGUGGGUUUGGUGGAUGAAUGUGGUAGCAAGAUUGACCCCAGCGGUAGUCUGCGUCCUUGGCAAACAGUGACUGUGCAGCUGUCACCUGAAGAUUUGGAUUUUGAAUUGAGUCUUCGCCUGAGUGGAUUUGGACUUGAUCAGAUGACAGGCAGGACUGGCAGUCUGCGUGUGUCGGAGUCUUUUUGCGGCACUGGUCUUUGGCACCUAGACCAACUGUUGCGCUCUGAUUUGCUUUUGUCUUGGACUGGUACAAAUUUCGCAUCCCUUACGUGCUGGCUCCCGUCUUUCUCUGCGGCGGUUGUGGAAUUUUGGCCGAGUACCAUGGAAUCACACCUUCUUGAUUGGUUGACCUUGGAUCGCGCCUUGGUGUUUGCCAUCACUUGGGAGUCUUGGGGUUGGAAUUUGGUCAGUUUUGGUUUUGACGCUACCAAGUUGGAGGUCACCUUUUUUGAGCCUGAAAAUGAGACGUCAAGUGUGGCAUCGUACCUUGCUUACCGUGUCAAAAGUGCGGCCAAACGCCCUGCCUAUCUGGAACAUUACUUGCCACUUUGCUUUGAUGCAGGUGACAAGGGUUCUCUUGGACUUGUGCUUGAAGCUGUGGAUUUGGCUUUGGGUCUUCCAUCGUUUGCGGUGUCAGCUUUGCGGGCAGCACGAACAGCCCGCUUCAGCAGGAGUGAGGAUGACACGAUGUCUUUCGAAGCCAGUGUCUCAACCACAGUGCCUUUUGAAGUUCAUGAGCCAAUGCAGUUGCCAGUCCCGGCAGCUGGGCGCACUGUUUCUCGGGGGGUUUGCCAUGGUCUCACUGUGAAAUUUGUGAUGGAUUUUGCACGAGCCUUGGCUCAGCAGGGUCAGCAGCAGAUCACAUCAUCUCAGAUCAAGGUUGUUCUUCUUGGCAGUCAGGCCUGUGACCUUAGUCGGUGCACGUUUCGAAGCUUUGAGCCAACUGAAGCGCCCAUGUGGAUUUUCACACUUGUGGACUUUCAUUGGACAGUGUUGCACUGUUACCGGGAUGGUCAAACUUUGUGCGUCGAACACUUUGAUGGUCUCUGCCAAACAUCCAUUUCUGAUCUCACGUCUGUGGUCCAGGUUUUGCGUUCGGCUUGGAAUACCCAGCAUGUGCAGGUGUCUACUCAGUGGAUUUUUCCUCAGUCUCGUUUGGAUUCCUGUGGAACGGUUGCUUUGGCGCAUUUUGCUUACCAUAUUGGGUCCAUCACGUAUGAGCAGGCAUGUCAUUUUGAGGACUUGCAUGACAGCUUGGCAAUCUGCAGCAGCAUGUUGCAUUUUCAGGGUCCGAUUGGAUUUGGGACUGAAGAAGAGGCCAUCAUCAAAACCCUUGAACAGAUCCUGCCGUCCAAGGGCGUUCCUGACACUGAGGUGCGCAGCAGAGCCCAAGCAGCCAUCAAACUCUUUGGCACAAAGGCCCUGCAGCAAGCCGUGCAGAACAAAAAUGUUUGGGCGUCGUUGAAAAGCCUGGGCAACUCAAAACCCAAGCCAUUUUUGUGGGUGAAACAUCAUGAAUUGCAGCAGCAUAUACAGGACAGGGCCCAGACCAAGUUUGGAGCAGUGGAUCAAAAGAAGCCCGCCAAAAAGGCAAGCCGUAGGGAACCUGUGCUGUCCAGAUAUUUGGAUCCGGCUUCUCUUUUGUUGCCACCGGACUUGUUCAUCACCAAUUGUGGUUCUGUUCUCCCACAACUUCAGCUUGAUGAGGUUCAGAAAGACGCUCGAGGUAUCGCCUUUGCAUCUCCUGAUGCGGUGCAGCAUUUUCUUGCCGAUGGAAAAAUGAUCAGCCAAGAGGGCCUCGCUCUGCUUGUUGUGGGACAGAUGCCUGAGCACACUCCCCUGUCAUUGCCUAUGCAUUCUUUGCGGGUUCCAGCCAUUUACAAGGGAACCAAUGAACCAGUGAUUUUGGAUUGCACUUCCAUUCAGCUAGGUGACCAGGCUGUUUAUCGCAAGACUAGUCAAGAUGCCCCGUCUUUGACUGUUUGUCCAACUCGUGUCUUCCGUGUCCAUGUCUUCAAGGACCUUUGGCAGCAGGAACAUGACUGGGAUGAGUUCCUUGGUCACCCAGUUCGGUCGUUGGUUCAGGCUUUUCCCAUUUUUCGACUUUGCAAAGAUGCUGACUGUGAUCAUCACUGCUCCCUAUUUCAUCCGUCUCUUGAAGAGGAAGGAGUAGAGAGUGGACUUGUUGAUGUGUGGGCUUUUCGUUGGCAUGGUCUUGACGGGUCAAAGCAGCCUCAAGCACAGGCUGAAGUUCUUUCGGUUUAUGUCAGGGUUCCAGAGUCCAGUUUUGACCAGGUCCAUCGAUCCUCAGGUACACAAGGUGUCUUUUUUGAACCCCGCAGCUCUGACUCACCUGGCCCGGACGAUGCUUUUGCGGUCAUUUGGGUUCCACAAAUUGGAUUGAGUGAUGCGCAGCACCGAGUGCGCACCUUGGAUCAUUGUGUUGCUGUCUGCCGGCUUGGACUUAAGUAUGGCAUUCGUUGUUUGGUCAAACACCAAGAAGAGCUGCACAAGACCUUGUGCCCGUCCCGGCCUUUUGUCCAUGUGUCUGUCAAAGCAGUGUAUCGUCUUGAGCCUCUUCCUGCAGGUACACAGCGAACAUCCUUGGUGGAGAUCCUUCGCAGUUUUGGCUGGAAUGCGAAGCCUUUGCAACCAUGCAAAGGCAGCCAGGGUCAAGCAUGGCAGGUUGGGGCGGAAUCAGAGCCCCCAAAGCCCUUUAUUGAGUCCCAGCAGGGUUGGAUAGGAAUUUCAAAGGUCAAGGAUGCAACUCCAGUUGCCAAACCACAAGGCCUGAUUGCCACCAUGCGAACAAAGAAGCACAUUCAGGAGGCGUCAGCCAGUUCCUCCUCAGGCACUGCAGAUCCUUGGCAAACUGGCCCAGACCCAUGGGGAGGCUAUGCCAAGACCACAAAAGCUGCCGCUGUUCCGACACAGCAUGUCCAAAGUAGGUUGGAGGAUGUUGAAUCACGACUUCAUGAGCAUGUCAAGCAAACGGUUACCCAGGAAGUUCACCAACUUCCGCAGCAUCCAGCCACUGACCUUCGUCUUACCGCAGUCGAAAGCCAGAUUCAAAGCUUGGUUGAAAACCAGACGAAGCUUGAGCAUUGGGUUCAAGACGGCAGCUCAAAGAUUCAUGGCUUGCAGCAGGAAUGUGGACAGCUUCAAAUGACAGUCCUUUCUCAAGGUCAGACUUUGCAGCAGGUCGCCCAUGAAGUGAGCCAAUGCACCAGCAGCUUGCAGAACGUUUCAACCGAGGUCUCUGGACUUAAGACCGAUUUGGGCAAGCAUCUUGACUCGUACUUCACCAAGCAGCAGGAAGCCAUCGAGGCCAUGCUUGCAAAGAAGGCACGUCACUCGCCUUCAAAUUGGAUUUUUCGUCUUUGGACUUUUUUGAUUUUCUUCUGUGCGCACUUUUGUCGGAUUGGUGAAGCUGCGGUGCCUGGCCCGCCUGAGGGCGUUGACUCUUUUGUUGAUUCCCCUGAGUGGACUUUGCCGGGGAACAUCAGAAGCACUUUGGGAGCACCAGCGGCCUUGCGGCCUGGCUCACAACAGGCUGGGUCAUGGACUGGGGUUCUGAACUUCGGUGAUUGUGCCAUGAGACAAGUUCCUGGUCUUUGGCCUGCCGGCGAAUAUGACAGUGGGCGGGUGCUUUUGACGGCCGCACAUGUUCAUGGAUUUGAACUGGUGAGUGCCACGGUGUAUCUUCCCCCCAAGGGACCAACCUAUCCUCGAGCAGUGGAACUCAGUGAAUCUUUGCUCACCCCAAUCACUGAGGAACUUGUUUUGGGACGUUCUGGGUACCGGGUUAUCCUUGGCGAUAUGAAUUGCCCUGCUGGCUCCUUGCGUCAAAUGCAACUUUGGCAAUCCUGUGGAUGGAUAGAACUGCAGGAUCUGAUGUUCCAGAAGUAUGGCAUUCCAAAGCGGGCUACAUGCAAAAGUGCCACUUCACCUGACCAGAUUUGGCUUUCUCCUGAGGUUGUUCCCUUGGUUCAAAAUGUUGCUUUUUGGAAUAUCUUUCCUGACCAUCAGGUUCUCAUUGCGGGGUUGUUUUUCCCACCUGUCCGUGUUGUGGAACCUCAGUGGCGUCUCCCUGGCCAUAUUCCGUGGGAAAAGGUGCAUCAAGAUCAGUGGAUUUCUUCUCCUGACUGGGGUCCUCUUUUUCAGUCAAACCCGUCACAUGUGGUGCGUGCCGGAUUGGCUACUGUUCCGUCGGGUGAGAUCCCUGGAUCACAGCACUCUGCUACCUUGGACUUUCGGCGAUGGAGUGCGUCAUUUGAAGAGCAGGUUUCCAAAUGUGUGGCCACUUCGGUCGGUCGUCAUGACAGAGAACUUGCGCCUGCUUCGGGGCGUGCUUCUGGUUUUUGUGGUGGUUUCCCUGUUUGGUGGUCACAUCGGCCUUAUCAAGACCAAGGUGCUCCUCGCACCCUGCCUGUCGUUCCUCCCGGUCAGAGCGUUGCGCAACUGGUCUUUGAUGACUUUGUUCAAAACUACAGGCGUUAUGAGCAUUGGCAACUGCAGCGUCGUCGGGAAAGCUGCAGAAACAAAAUGAUUGCCACCUCACAGGCACUGUAUGCUUGUACCCGCAAGCCUGCUAAAGCCCCUUUGGACUGUUUGGUCGAUACCCAAUCCCAACCCAUUGAUGUUGUUGACACUAGGCACAAUUUGGUUCGUGCUCCCGAGCCUUACCAUGUCACUGACACGGCCACGUGGACUUUGCAGGGCCUUCCAGCUCGGGUCAGAGUUGUUGAUGAUGUUUAUCAAGUUGAAUCGGAUCUUGUCCUUGCCUCGGGUCAGUCCCUUUCUUGUCAUACCAUGACCACAUCUCCUGAAGAGAUUCAUGAUCGACUUCAUCAGCUUUGGUCUCCACGUUGGAAUCGCCAUGCGGAAGUUCCCGAAGCCACCUGGGACGACGUUUGUCGCUACGCUGUUGACACUUUGCCAGCUGGCCAGAUAGAGCUUCCUCCUAUCACUGUCCAAGACUUCAAACGUGCCGUGCAUUCCUUUAAACCCAGAGCGGCCACCGGCCCUUGUGGCUGGACUAGAGCGGAUUUGGCGCACCUUACUGAUGGCCAAAUCCAACAGAUCCUUGAUGGAUAUCAUAUGAUUGAAGCUGGACAUGCCUGGCCUCGUCAAUGGUGCAUUGGGCUUAUACACUGCUUGCAAAAGAAAGACUCCAGUGUCUCAGUUGAUGGGUACCGUCCUAUCACUGUCACCAGCAUCUUUUAUCGACUUUUUGCUGGCAUUCGUGCGGGUCAGAUUUUGUCUCAGCUGGCCAAAGCUGCGGAUGAGAUGCAAUGUGGUUUCAUGCAGGGUCGUCAGGCAUCGGAUGUGUGGUUCUUCAUAGGGGUUUGCUUGGAGCUCUCCACUCACCAGUCUACCCCUGUCCAUGGAAUUGUGGCCGAUCUUGUCAAGGCCUACAACACACUUCCUAGGCGACCUACUUUCAAGUGCCUUGAAGUUCUUGGAGUUCCACAGUGGUUUCUCAAAACAUGGCAAGCACACUUGUCCGUCUUUGAGAGGUUUUUCGUUGUCAAUCGGUGUGUCAGCGAACCCCUGUUGUCAGUGACUGGGUUCCCUGAAGGGUGCCCUUUAGCCUGCGCUGCAAUGACUGCCUUGGACUUCUUUUGGCACUGGGCCAUGCGUUCCCGGGUUCCUCGUGUGCUCCCUGUUAGCUUUGUUGAUAACCUUGAGUUGGUUUGUGACCGUGUUGAUGAUCUGGUGUGUGCGGCCGAAGCUCAAAACCAGUUUUGUUCCCUUUUGGACUUGGAAAUCGACCACCCUCGUCUUUAUGCUUGGGCUUCUACCUAUGCUGGGCCUUGCGAUGGGACAGACCUGGUGCUUCGCCUCACAUUCGUUUGGGCUUGCUGCACUAUGACUUGGAUCCUUUUUGGCAACAAACUUGGAGCAGACACCAAUGGACCAUUUGGCAAGGUCCAAAGUGAACUCAAUACCUUGGGUCUCCAUAUCGAUGCGGUGCAGUGUCGUGCUGGCUAUGAAGAUUUGGAGGGCUUUGACUUAGGUCUUACAACAGCCUUUGACGGGCGUUUCCAGCCAGCUGAGGUUGAGCAGCUCAUGAUCGUGCGUGAUGGUGCUUUCUUUACAAACAGUGCCCAGUGUAAGUUUGACUCUCGAAAGACAGCAAUGUGCGACUGGUGCAAGGUGCCUGACACACGGAUGCAUCGAUACACCGUGUGUUCCCGGUAUGAUGCGAUCAGAUCACACCAUGCUAAACUCUUUGCCGAGUGGGAUGAGUUCCCAACCUGUUUCAAGAUCGGAGGCCUUGUGCCUCGCAAUCCAUGGGAAAACCUUGUGUGGGAGGCGCUUUCUGCUCUCCCUGACUUGACGCAGCAGUAUCAGUGCAUGCCCAAAGGAAAGGUGUGGCAUCUGUUUACUGAUGGCAGUUGCGACAAUCCUCUUUCACCUGAUGAUGCUCUGGCUUCUUGGUCUGUGAUUCUGGCCGAUGUGGGACCGAUCAGUGCUGGACCUUUGAGAGGUAUUCAACAGUGUAUCAUGAGAGCUGAAGUGACUGCCAUCCUGAGUGCUGUAGCUUGGGUAGCUAAGUACACGGGUGACUUGCAUCUUUGGGUUGAUAAUCAGAAUGCUGUUGAUCAUUUGCGUGAGUUGUUGCUUGGCACAGGUGACCCGGAAAAAUUUGAACAUUCAGAUCUGUGGCGGCAGAUUGCAACUUUGGUGCAUUUUUCGAUGGCCAACAUCCAUGUCCACAAAGUGGCAAGUCAUGUGGAUGUGCAGGAUAGCACUGGGCCUCUGGAUGAUUUUACCAAAAAAUGGAAUGAUCUUGCCGACUUUCAGGCCAAAUUGGCAAACAACAGUAGACCGCGUUUCUUCCAACAAGUGUGGCAAAAGUAUGUUGAUUACCGCAGUGUUUGGAGGCGUAGGGUUGCUUUGAUUACUGCUUUUCAUAUUGACAUUGCCGCAUUUGACUGUGCAAAGCCCAGCACGGAUGUUUCUGAAGACAGCUGGGAGGAGGAAGUUUCACCGAUUUUGUCAUGUAUAGAUGUUGUUCCCAAUACGGCUACUUUUCAUUUGCCGCUUUUGGCCUUGCGGGACAGCGAAAUUUGGUUGGAAGAUCAAUUUGAUCACCAUUUUGUGACGGUCAGUCAACAGCUGCUCAAUUGGUUGAUUGACCAAGACCAGUCUGCAUCUCACAUGAGGUUAGUGAGUUUUCUUGAAAUAUAUGUGUUGUACCGCGAGUUUCUUGGUGGCCCUGUUGGUGGUUUGAAUGCUUUCAAUCGGUAUGUGGUUCCCACUUUUGCUGCUGAUUUCAGAAUUUUCAAGAAAAUGAUCACUAACAUUUUCUCGAAGGCAGGUGUUUCAGGUCAGGUGUCCAGCCAACAUUUGGUUGCGGCUGGAGUUUUGGUUCCUCAGCUGUCGGUACAGUUUGGCCUUUGUCACGAUCUCAGUGUCAGGGCGGUGCAGCUUCUAAUUAAAUUUGUUGGUACCCGACCUAUCACCUGUGCCCAGGGGUUUUCUAAACCCUAUUACCAAUAG